ACAAUACCUGGUCAUGUGACUGAAAAUGUGUCACUUUUCUAAUAAUAUCCUUGAAAAGUAAUAUAAUGCCUAUAAAUGAUCUUAAAGAUGUUGAAAUUGAUGCAAAAACGAACCUACGAUGUACUAUCCCAUCGUCACGGAAUUUUAUUUCUUAUGCUGGGUGUUUUUUUACUUAUAAUAUCUGCUCUCCAAUUCGGUGAAGUUGUUCUAGAAUGGAGUACGGAAAAAUAUCAAGCAGUUUUCAACUCAUUUAGUGAUAAUAUUGCUAGAAAGUCAUUCCAAAAAAACUUGUGUCAUCCUGUGCCAAUUGAUAUUGUAUAUACAUGGGUUAAUGGGUCAGAUCCUGAAUUAAUAAAGGACGUAUAUCUCCAAAGAAGAUUGUUGGAAAAACAGUAUAACGCAGCUUCAGUCAAUGGUAGCGUGUGCAGUUUGGAAAAUUGUUUUCUAAUGCCAACUCUUAUAGUUCAACCGACUAUAUCUGAUACUUUACAACUACCCAAUCUACAGGCCGUAUUUAAAUCAUUGCUCAAAGCCACUAAACUGUAUAAGGCCGACAUUAAGGGGGAAGGUAGUAAAACUCUAACAGUUAUAACAUUUAGAAAUAUAUCUGAUGCCAAAGUUACUAAAGCUCAUGGUCUUACUGUUGAUACAAGUAUUAACACAACAGCUACAUUAGCCUUUGUUACCUCUGACAAUUUUACACCGGUAUCCGUCGAAGUAAAAGACACAGUAAUCAUUACUCAAUUCAGAGGGAACUACUCAUUCGAUUCUUUCGAUUCCUACUUGAAUAAAGAAUUUUUAAAUAAAAUCACCUAUAUUCAGAAAGAAACUGAAAAGCAGACUUAUAUAGUUCAAUUUAAAGAAGAUAGAUACGUUUCAUCAUUUAUAAACAAAUAUUCAAACGACUCUUCAUUUCCAUCCAUAAAGAAGGCCUAUCUAGUUUGGGAUUCAACUAAGGGUUUGCUACAGGAUAUCAUUGAUCCUAACCGAUUUGAAGAUAAUGAAGAAUUACGCUAUUCCUUGAGAUCGGUUGAAAAAUAUAUGCCAUGGGUUCGCCAUAUUUAUAUUGUUACUAAUGGACAGAUUCCGUAUUGGUUAAAUAUGGAUAAUGAAAGAGUUUCCAUUGUUACUCAUGAAGAAAUAUUCACUAACAAAUCUCAUUUGCCAACAUUUAGUUCGCCAGCAAUCGAAGCUCAUAUUCAUAAAAUUAAAGGAUUAUCAGAAAAAUUUAUCUAUAUGAAUGAUGACGUUAUGUACGGCAGUAGAAUUUGGCCGGAUGACUUCUAUUCGCAAUCGAAUGGGCAAAAAGUUUAUUUAACGUGGUCAGUUCCAAACUGUCAGGAAGGUUGUCCAACAACAUGGAUAAAGGAUGGAUAUUGCGAUAAGGCUUGUAAUAAUACUGAAUGCGAUUACGAUGGUGGAGAUUGUAUAGGAACUGGAGCAAAGAAAGUAGGUGCUCAAGGUCAGGGUGGAGGAGGAGCAGGUUUAGCUCUUAGAGACCCUAUUCCACAAACUUUCUGCCAUUCCGGUUGCGCUGAUACUUGGCUGGCUGAUCGUUAUUGUGAUCAGGCAUGUAACGUUCUUGAUUGCGGUUUUGAUGCUGGAGAUUGCGGUAUAGAAAAUUAUGGAAAUAUUUAUGAGAUUGAAUUUAAACCAGAUAUAAAAAUCUAUAAUAUUCCAAAUGGCGAAAAGUCUGCAUAUUUAAAUUUAACAAAAUCUUUAACAAAGAAUAUGACAUUUAAUUAUGGAGAUUUUGAAAAUGAAAAUGGAAUUAGAACAGUUGUUUACGCUAAGAAAUUUUCUUUGAUUAUAGUUGUAUUUGACGCCUUUUCUAAUGAGACGAAUUUAGAAAUCAAUCUAAAUAUUGGUAAAAAUAAUUCAAAGGCGUUUCACUUCGAAAUUAGAGCUAAACCUAAUGGAGAGAGAGAAGUUAAAACAACUCCCAAAGUCAAUAUUGAUAAAAUAUACUCGUUUACUGGUAUACCCGAUGAAUUAAGACAACCAAAAGCUCAAAAAUAUUCAAUCCCCGAACACUUGACACUUCCCCCAAGGAAUUUAACUGAUCAAAUUCUAUCAGAAAAUUCAAGUUUAACCUAUAUGUACAAAGAAUUGUUAAGGAUGAAAGCGGAAGGACAGUUGACAGACAAGGGAUUUAAGUAUAAAGUAAAUGUUCUAGUUAGAAAGUUUGAUGAAGAGUCGAAACUCUCUCAUUUGAAAAUAUUGGAAUCUCAACAAAAGCAAGAUGUUCCUCAGGAAGACUUGGACAAAUAUAUAAAAAAGGGAAGAAGAUUAUUAAGCAUCAAGGAUUUACCUUUUGAGCAACCUCAAAAUUUAAAUGGAGCUUUGCCUUGGGAAAAACAAGGAAUAUUUAACAACCUAAUUAACAUGAAGGAGAAAUCCGAAAGAAGAACAGAAGAAUACAAAAUAGAUCGUUUUAGGGGUCGACAUCUUUUGGAUACGUACGCCGAAUCCCUUCGUCACGUUAAUAGAAUUUAUAACAAAGCAUUCGGUUAUUCUCCGAGGAAGGUUCCAGCUCACAUGGCUCAUAUGAUUGACAGAAAUGUUAUGUACGAGUUGCAAGAAAUAUUUCGAAAAGAAUGGGACGAUACUUCAUCAAGAAAAAUUCGAAGUAGUAAAGACAUGCAAUUUUCAUUUACGUACUUUUAUUAUUUAAUGAGCGCUCAAAAUAAUUUUUCAAUAUCUGAAAUAUUCAAUCAAAUUGAUACCGAUUCUUCAAGAUUCGAGAUUGUUGGUGAAGAUGAUAUCAUGUUUAAAAUGAUACAUUCUAAUAUAUCCCACGUUAUUGGCCAAUUGGACGAAGUUAGAAAACAAUCGAAAAAAUUCAUCUGUCUCAAUGACAAUAUAGAUCACAAGAGCAAACAUGCAAAAACAGUUAAAGCAAUUCUACAAGAUUUUUACGAGGCUAUGUUCCCAAUUCCAUCACAAUUUGAAUUACCCAGAACUUUUAGGAAUAAAUAUUUAUCUGUUAAAGAAUUACGAAAGGGAGAAAAGACUCAAUAG